UAAAUUUGCCUUCUUUUGGUGCUCCUGGUAUGGCUCAAGGAUUCCUUCCAUUGCUGGGUACUAUAUUUUUAGUACCCGCUCCGGUGACCAUGACAGAGGGGCAGAAAGGUGGCCCAUCUGAGGAUGAGUACCAGGGGCAAAUCAGCAGCAUUCAGCAGAUCUUUGCAGAGUAUGACCACAAUGGGAGCGGCAAAGUGAGGGUUGAGCGCAUCCCGGAGCUGAUCCUGAACCUGGGUCGGGAUCUGCCCAUUGGCCGUGAGGUGGCCCGGCAGCUGAGUGGGAGCGGCUCGGUGGAGUUGGCCUCCUUCGAGGAGGUGGUGCAAACCCUCAAGAAGGUCGAAGAGACCCAAGAGCGCGAAGUGGUGGAUGGUGAAACCACCACGCCAUUAACGCUUCUCAAGCGGUUGAAUGCUUAUCGCAAGCAGUGUGAAAGCAAUGGAGAGUACGUCGAGGCACAGAAAGCUCGGAAGAAGUACGAAGAGCUGCGCGCAAAAGAAGAAGAGCGUCAGAGAAGAUUAGUGGAUCAGGCCCAACAGCAAGAGAUGAUGGAGGUGGAACAAGCUCAAAGGGCGCAAUUCCUGGGCUUUUCCAAUGCCUGGGACAAGUACAUGGCGGACUACGAAUCCACCGCCUACAUGAGCCUUGAAAGACUGAAGGAACAACAUGGGGAAGAAUUGAGCAAGUUUCAGGAGAUGAUCCGCCAACAACCUGCGCGGGUGAAGUGCUCCAGAGAACUGCUCGAGCUGCGGAGGAAGCAGGAAGCUUUAGCCAAGCUUGGGAAGUAUGAAGAAGCGUGGAAGGUUAAGGAGGAAGGGGACCAGCUGGAACAGUGGGAACAAGCGCGGAGCGCCUCCUUAGUGAGCGACAGUGCCAAGCGCCAAGAGGGGCGCUUGAGGUCUCAACAGCAGAAGGCGCUCCAAGCCUUGUUGAAGCGGAUCCAAAGGGAUCGUGGCGAGCAGAUCCGGCAUCGUCAGAUGGAUUCGCAACGCUUGAUCCAACGCAACAAGAACCUGAAGGCCGACCUCUACAAGAAGCAGCAUUUGGAAUUCCAACGUGCCGAGGCAGCCAUCCGUUCCAUUAUGUCGCAGCCAGAGCACGCGCAGCGCUUGUUGGAUGAGCAUGAUCCCGCGAGCGUGGCUCGGAGCGCGGCCAUGGGAGAGCUGCCAGCCUUAGGCCGUGUGAAGUGGCGAGGCCCCAGCUUACCGGAGAACUACACGCCUCCGGGUGGAAUUUCCAAGGGCUUGGUCAAGGCCAAGGGGCGGAACGAACAAAGUGAAGAGGUGAUCUCCCAAUGAGCCGAGAGAGCUCACCGUGGAGCCGAGCUCGAGCUCGAGCUCGGUUGGAGCCGCCCUCGUCGUUCCGCAGAGUUUGGGGUGGUAGAAGGUGGUAGAAGUGCUUUUGCCGCGUGCCGCAUUGGUUGACAGAUCGGUGACUUAGCCUAGAUUCCUAGAUGGACAUAGUACUGUAUGAUAUAUAUAUAGCUGAGUUGCAUG